AUGUCCGAUGCGUUUGCUCUAGCUGCCAGAGAGGUCGAUGAGGAUAGCGAAGGGAGUCAGGCUGUCGAUGCGUCACCGAGUCCGGCGCCCCGAACCUGGCGCGAACGAAACCAAGGAAACGAGAGUCAGCUACGACAAACAUACAACCAGAGUCACUUGGAGACAAAAGCGCCCAGCCGACCUUUUUCGCGUGGCUCGUUUGCAGCGUCAAGAAUACCCGAAGCAAAACAUUCGCCUGGCACCGCAUCGCCGCGACAGCGCACCUUUUACGGAAAGUCGAGAGCGGGAUUGCCGUUUGGCCUUAAAGAGCAAACGCUUCGGCCAGAGACCAACGGGGUGCAGGGUGGGAGCCGACCGGGAAGCGCAGCCGGGAUACCACGACCCGAAAGCGCAAGUGGAAUACCAAGACCAGGCUCAAACUGGGGAUUGAGGCAUAUGCCCUCGAAAGACGAUUUGACGAAACAAGGACGAAUUCCAGAACUUGUCCCUGGUAUAGAGGACCUACUUCCAUCGAUCGAGGGCCCUGAUGCUCAAAACGGACCAGUCAAUCCAGAGCCAGCUGAAGCGUCCCCUGAAAAGAGCUUUGCAUGGCAGGUAGACGACGAUUUUACAGCUGGGGAGCUGCAAAUGUCAGAUAGUCCAAGGAUUCGGAUGGGCGAUCGUCCAUUCGCGAACCGGAUUCACUUUGACGAAGCUAGCGAGAUCGAUAUUAACUCGCGAACAAGGGUAGCGCAUCCUGGGGCGCGCAACACCAAGCUCGAUGAGAUUCGAUCUCGAGAGGUCAAGACGGGAAGCGAUCUCCCUGUUGAACCAUGGCAAUCUCACAAUACAAAAAUUGACGAGAUACGAGCGCGUGAGGAACGGGUUGAACACCAAAUACCUAUUCCUGACCGUAAUGCGCCGAGACCAAGAAAUACUAAAUUAGAUACGAUCCGACAACGGGAAGUUAAUGGUAUCCCCAGAAGAUCUAUGGCAUCGAUUAGGUUGGACGAGAUCCGAGAGCAAAAUGCAAUGACUCGCUCUCGUUCACCAGAAGACAAUCGACCACAGACGAGCCGAGGGAUGGUCCCAGAGACAAAGUCCAAUGUUGAAAUCGAGACCCAGGAACCGCCACCUAGACCAAAAUCUGCAUUUGAGACAGCUGGUGAGCGGAUACCUGACACUCCCGUGACAAUAUACAAGUCACAACGAGAAAAUGUAGAACCGCAUCAGACGGAAGAAGAGUUUUUAAACAAUGAUCAAAACCCUGCGCGACUUGGCCUGUCGCACAGGCGUACUGAUUCCCGAGACCUGUUGCGACGCCUGGCCAGGGCCGCCAGUUCCAGUCCUGCGCCAGAACCUGGGCCGCGGCAGGUGGCCGACACUGACAAACCCGCAUCUGUACCUCAGGAUCCCAAACCUGACGCUGCAUCUACAAUUUCGCAACCUUCCACCAGCAAUGGAUUCCGAAAUCGUCAACAACGCAGGAAAGAUUCUGAUACAAAACCUACUGUUGGAUUUACUGGUCUCCCUCGAAGUCGCUCUACAGACUCUGUUAAAAGCAAGAAGUCCAUGAAUUCAGAUGCUGACCCUACAGCCCGCCUUGAGGCGGAGGCCAAUUUAUUUGCGCCGGGCGAUAAUCAUUCUGAAAGGGGCUCUAUUAAAGCGCCUUCGCCAGAGCCUGAUUCUGACUCCGACGAUGAGAAGAAUGUUGGGGUGACACCGCGACCGUCCAAGCCGGAUCCCCUGGCUAUGCCCACACCUAAGAUUAUGGGCGCAUAUGUGGAAACGCCUGCGACGGUUAAGGUUGAGAAAUUUGAAGUCAAGGAUAAACAACACAAGGCAAAGAAGGAAGAAAGGCCAUUGCGACAAAGAUCUGCAUCAUUCCGCGAUAAGAGGACGGAUCAUGCCACGAGUGGCAGCGAUAGGGACACAGCAUCAGAUCCGGGGACAGACGACAAACUUGGUACCGAAACCUCGUCGAGCGGGGUGAGAAGGCGGCGCACGCGUUCUCUCUCACGCCGCAGAGGCACACUUAAAAACUCGGCAAGGCUUCCAACAGUCAAAGACGAUCUCAAAGAACUACAACGCACACAUCACAUUGAGGAUUCCACAUUGGAUGAUCUUGAAGAAGUUAUUCUUGGUCGCAGAGCCCCGUCUCGACAAGUUGAAGCUCUUCUCGAUAAACUACCCCAAGACUCAUCUUUUGACGACGACUUUGACUUUGACCUGGAACUUGAUACCAAACUCAACACGCGCACCAACCAGAUCGACCCCCAGAAUAACGAUAACUCCGAUCUGGAUCGACUUACGCGCAUGAACAAGACACUUAAAAGUAGCCUUUACGGAAUUCACACUGCAGCCAGGGGCAUUGAACGUCUAUCCGAUCAAGUCAGUACCAAGAACAAGGCCGCCGACAAAGCAGCAGAAGAGAAAGCCAUCGAAGACAAAGCAGCAGAAGAAAAGGCUACCGAAGAUAAACCAGUGGCAUUGAACAUACCGAAAGAAGAGCCGGUCGAGAAGAAUCUCCUCGAUAUUAUCAAGCCCGAGCCGGUCCCUGAAAAAAUGGUUGCCUUGCACGACAGUGACGGCACAUGCCCCGCCUACAUCGCGCAUCCAGAUGCCAAAACGGUGUCUUACAUCCAAUUCCCCGUCCCACAACUCUACCGUCGCAAGCCAUUCUUCCGCUUCACAUUCCUUGGACUCGUUCUUUUCCUCUUAGGGUCGUGGUAUCUUGCUGAGUCCGCCAUGUGCGCCCAGUUCUGCCGUCCUAUUCGCUGUAGCGGCUCUCCCUGCGUCUGGUCUGUCAACGAUCCUACCUUUGGUAACGCUAUACCCGUGAAGCUGGACCAGUGGGCUACAGGUGGCCGUGGACGUAUCCUCGCUGAGCAAUUCAAGGAGGAAGUUGGGGAUUGGGUCGCAGACAUGGUCGAUGUCUAUUACGAUCGCGAAAUCACCGACAUCGACAUCAACAAACUCUCGUUUGAACAGAAGCGUCAGCAUCGUCGACGACUUCGUAAGAAGGGCCUCGUGAAGCCUCGAGUACAGACCGCAGAGCAACGGGCUAAGUGGGAGGCGUGGCGACAAGCAAGACGUGAGCAGGAGCGACAGAAGGAAGCAAGAGAGAUGGGCUAUGAGAUCGCAGAGGAUGAGGAUGAAACUGUUGGAGGAGACCAGAAGGUCUGGUAA